AUGAGAGGCAUUGUGAUAUUUUCAUGCCUGCUACUGAUUGUAGCGUUUGCAGAAGCUAAACCAAGUUUUCCAUGGCCAUCACGGAAAAAGUGUGGAUAUGAUCGCUGCACUGAUGCCGUUCCAGAUAAGUUAAAUGUCCAUAUCGUGGCACACACGCACGAUGACGUUGGAUGGCUCAAAACCGUAGAUCAGUACUAUUACGGACACCGAAACACAAUUCAGAAGGCUGGCGUACAGUACAUUUUGGAUUCGGUAGUCACGGAAUUGCUCAGAGAUAAAAAUCGUAGAUUUAUUUACGUUGAAUCUGCGUUCUUUUCGAAAUGGUGGGACGAACAAACGGAGGAAAUGAAGAAAGAUGUGAAGAAGUUGGUUGAUGAGGGUCGCUUGGAGUUCAUUGGUGGCGCAUGGUCGAUGAAUGACGAAGCAGCUGUGCAUUAUCACAGCGUUAUCGACCAAUUUUCAUUGGGAUUGAAAUUCUUAAAUGACACUUUUGGAGAAUGUGGACGUCCUCAUAUCGGAUGGCAAAUUGAUCCUUUUGGGCAUUCGCGUGAACAAGCUUCGAUGUUUGCUCAAAUGGGUUACGAUGGAAUGUUCUUUGCGCGUCUCGAUUAUCAAGACAAAGGUAAUCGCAUGAGAACCAAAACUCCGGAAAUGAUUUGGCAUGGAAGUGAAAAUUUGAGUCCUGAUCAGUCGGAUAUUCUUACGGGUGUUUUGUACAAUCAUUAUAGUCCUCCGCCAGGCUUUUGCUGGGAUUUGUUGUGCAAUGAUGAUCCAAUUAUCGAUGAUCCACAUAGUUUUGACUAUAAUGUACCUGAAAAAAUGAAAGCUUUUGUAGAUUUCGCUAAAAAGGCAGCCAGCAAUUACCGUACUAACAACAUUUUGAUCACAAUGGGUGACGAUUUCAGUUAUCAAGAUGCCAGCAUGUGGUUCAAAAAUAUCGAUAAACUUUUGACUUACGCCAACGACCUAUACGGCGACGAAGUAAAUAUUUUCUAUUCAACUCCAACUUGCUACCUCAAAGCCUUACAUGACGCCAACAUCACUUGGCCCGAAAAAUCUGACGAUUUCUUCCCCUAUGCUAACGACCCAUACACCUACUGGACCGGCUACUACACUUCUCGUCCCACCCAGAAGCGUUACGAGCGCGUUGGCAACCAAUUUUUACAAGUUUGCAAACAAGUGACUGCAAUUGCACCAAGUCAGGAACCCGAAUACGAGGAAAAUUUGAAGGAAUUACAAUCGGCAAUUGGCGUUAUGCAACAUCACGAUGCCAUUACGGGCACAGAAAAGCAACAUGUCGCUGAUGAUUACGCUAGAAUGUUGCAUCAGGCCUUCGAGGCAUGCGAAAGUAACGUUCGUAAUGUUUUCAAUACCUUCAAUGACGACGCCUUGAACUAUGAAAAUUGUUUGCACUUGAAUGUCAGUGCGUGCGAAGUCACCGAAGCAUCGGAAGCUGUCUAUCUCGUGACUUUGUACAAUCCAACGGGUCAACCAAAGCAGGAAUUUGUUCGUGUUCCGAUGAGUAAUGACAAAUAUUUCGUCGUUGAUGUCGCCAAUGAUCCUUUGGAAUAUCAAAUUGUCCCAAUUCCUGAAAGUGUGUUGAACAUCAAAGGUCGCAAUAGUUCAGCAACGCACGAAAUUGUCUUCCGUACUCCAGAAAUCCCUCCAAUGGGGGUCGGACAUGCUUUUUUGAUCUUUAACGAUAAUGACGCCGCCAUUCCAGAUUUGAACAAAUAUUAUUGGAAAAAACCUGCAAGUGGCGAAGGAUUUAGCAUCAAAAACGAAUUUGUCGAGUUAAAAUUCGACUCGAAUGGUCUCGUUUCGCAUUUGGAAAGUGGUGACUUUAGCGAGUCCUUUGCACAGAAUUUUGUGUGGUACGAAGGUGCAAACGGCGAUAAUCGUGAAUUUAAAAAUCGCUCGUCAGGUGCUUACAUUUUCCGUCCCAACAAUACAGAACGUCUUUUGACCCAAAGAGUCAAAGUUGAAGUAGUCGAAGGUCCCUUGGUACAAGAAGUGCAUCAAAUUUUCAACGAUUGGGUCUCGCAAGUGAUCCGAGUGUACCGCGGACAAUCGCAUGUCGAAUUUGAAUGGCUUGCUGGACCAAUUCCCUUCGAAGAUGGUUUGGGAAAGGAACUUGUGUCACGUUUUUACACGAAAAUCAAGAAUGACGGAGUUUUUUACACAGAUUCCAAUGGUCGUGAAAUGCUAAAACGCGUUCGGGAUCACCGUGAUACCUGGAAUGUGGAAAUUUAUGAGAAGGAAGCGGGAAAUUAUUAUCCAGUAACGUCGAAAAUCGCAAUUGAAGACGAGAAACAUCGAUUGGCGGUUCUUAAUGAUCGUGCCCAAGGUGGCAGUAGCUUGUUUGAUGGCGUUGUUGAGCUCAUGGUUCAUCGUAGAUUGUUACGAGAUGAUGCUUUUGGUGUUGGAGAGGCUUUGAAUGAGACAACAGUCGCUCGAGGACGUCAUUAUGUCUUCUUUGGACCUAAAAAGGGACAAGAACCAAGUCAAGUUGCAAGGGAGAGACUCUUACAAUCGGAUUUAAUUACAAGUGUUUGGCCAAUGUUUGCUGAUAUUCGUCCACUUUUGCAGGAAAAGUCACUUGCUGAGAUUCAAGCUCAAUUAAAUGAGGUUUCGUUCAUGGCUAAUUCCUUACCAGACAACGUAAAACUUUUAACUUUCGAGCCUUUGAACUUUAAUGAUACUUUCUUGUUGCGUCUUGAGCACAUCUUUGAGUUCGGAGAAGAUCCAUGGUACUCAAAACCGGUCGAAGUCAAUCUUCUUGAAGUUUUUGAUCAAUUUGAAUUUACAAUUCGUGAGACAACAUUAGAUGGCAAUCAAUGGUUGGAUGAGACAGUACGUUUAAAGUUCAAUGCCGACUCACAAGGCGUUCAAUCGAAGCGUUUCCAGAAAAUUGAAAAGGCUAAUUACGAUAAUUACGUUAUCAUGCUUACUCCGAUGGAAAUUAGAACGUUCGUGAUGACUGUCACCAAUAAUACGAUGGUUUAG